CCCACACUAAAGUGGCUCACAAGCCCUUGAGUGCAAAACCUCAGAGAUGCAGCUGAACACACAAAUAUAAAGUAAAGAUUUCUUGGAGGAUCACCAACAUGAGAGGUGUUAGGACUAAUUUAAAGAAAAGCAUGCAUACUCUGUGUGUGCUCUGGAUUAGAUUAGCAUCACCGAUCUGUGCAUACACUCUGGUGUUCUUGCUAAUUCUAGGAAUUCUAUUUUCAAAGCGACAGUUCAGGGCAGCGCUGAGAAUAAGUGCAAGAAAUGAGCUCAGGAACGUGGUAAAAGUGAGCAGCAGCGGCGGUGGUGGUGGCGGUGGUGGGCUCGCUUCCUGUCUUCACAUUUCUUUACUUCUUGUAACGGAGGAGUUGAGGGGUGUGGAGGAUGUCGACUGAGGUGGUGCAAAAUUAGAGAGAGAGGAAACAAGAGGCAAAGACGAGAGGACCGGCAGACUAAACUGUCAUAUCUGUGAGAGGGAGAGAGAGUGGAGAGGCUGAGAAAAAGCUUUUCUGUAAGGAAAUUAAAGCGAGGACAAGGACUAAUACAGAGAAGGACUGAAGGCAAGCUGAGAACAGAAAGCUGAGAAGAGGACUGGGAGGAGCAGACGCGGUGAAAACGAUGUGAAAAAAGACAAGUCUGCAGGAGUUAUGACUCAUCCCCAGACUUUAUGAGAAAGGGCAUUUGAUGGAGGAGAACACUCUGGACUGCUGUGCUCUCAUGCCUCUCUGUUCAUUCCUACACAUUUAAACUGCAGCUGUGUUGAAUCUCCUAUGGAAGGAGCAUCGACGGUUAACACCCCUGCAGUCAUCAGUCCUUACACGUCAUGACCACAUUUUACGCUGCCUCCUCUUUCACACCAGCUCUUUCAGCCUCAGCAUCGUCUAACUCCUCUUUUUCUGACUCUACUUCAUCCCUCCCUGCCUCAAUGUCGUCCCUCCUGUCAGCCACCUCUUCUUCUCCCUCCUCAACAAACCACACUGAAUGUUCAUUUAAUGACAUGGCCAUCCGUGUGCCGAUGGCAGUCUUCUACUCGCUCUUCUUCAUCUUUGGGCUUGUGGGUAACCUCUUCGCUCUGUGGGUUUUCCUCUUUGUACAUUCAAGCCGCAACUCAGUGCGGGUGUUCCUCAUCAACUGUGCGGUGGCUGAUCUGGUCCUGCUGGCGUGUCUGCCCUUCAGGGUGUUCUUCCACGCUAAUGGAAACCGGUGGGUGCUUGGAUCUGUAGCCUGCAAGCUGGUGGGAAACUUAUUUUACAUGAACAUGUACAUCAGUAUUGCUUUACUGGGAUUCAUCAGCCUGGACAGAUACUUGAGGCUGAAGGGGAAUGGCCGAGCACGUAGAGGCAUGAGGAUGAGGCUGUGGGGACACAGCAAGCCAUGGAGCUGGGUGGCAUGCGGCACUUUGUGGGGUGUGUCACUGAUGGGGGUCGUGCCAAUGAUCGCCACGGCGGAGGACAAAGAGCAGGGUGAGACAUGCUUCCAGUUCAAGCACCGGGUCAAAGUGGGGUGGAAAGCCUACUUCAACGCCGUUCUGGUGCUGCUGUUCUGGCUCGUCUUCACCAUGUUGGUCGUCUCCUAUUACAAGAUCGCCUCCCAGCUGCUGCGGGUCUCAAGGAACAGGCCGGACCUUCCUAACGCAAAGAGAUAUGAACGGACCGCCAAGAAGUCCUUCUUUGUGCUUUUUCUUUUCACCAUCUGCUUCGGCCCCUACCACGCCUUCCGGCCCAUUUACAUCCUGGCCCAACUCAGUGAGACAGCAUCGUGUUACUCCUUGCACCUGGUGGAUCGUACCAACGAGGUGAUGCUGUUGUUCUCCGCCUUCAACAGCUGCUUGGAUCCUAUCAUGUACUUGCUGUUAUCUGGCUCAGUGCGCAAAACCGCCCUCCAAGCACUUGGACACCGAUUUGGCAACCGGAUUCCCUUCUUACAGGAAGCCACAUCUAACAGCUCCACGACAGAGUUUAGACGACCGUCCAUGCCGAUGGCUUUACCCGGGCCGAACCUCAACACCCCGUCGCUCACCCCGAGAACGAGCAUCUGUGUCAUCACCUCCACGCUCCGUCGCACAGGAGUUACAACGCUUCCACCUACUGGUCAACAGUGACGGCAACUUUGUUUCGCUGCCAAGUAAGCAUGAAGACUCGAAAACUAAAUAUCUGACAUUUAAACUGGAUUGUUUGACUGAUUGUCUGUCAAACUGAAAAAAACAACUCCUACAGAUACAAAUGUCUUUUAUUAAAAAUUUAAUACAUAUGUUUUUUAACCACUGAGUUAUUCUCGUUGUACCUUGUGGUCAAUCGCUGUUUAAACGUGUGAAAGACACUUCAGUGAUGUACUUCAGCAACUACUGUGAGAGCAGCUUGUCUAAAAAUACCUUUAAUGCUUUAAAGUUUCACAAGUAAAUGUGUGAUAUUCUCAUGAUGAAUUGAGUGUGUCUAAACAUGUGUUGAAAUAUACACUACCGUUUAAAUGUUUGGGGUCACUUAGAAAUGUCCUUAUUUUUGAAAGAAAAGCAGUUUUUUUCAGUGAAGACAACAUUAAAUUUAUCAGAACUAUAGUCUAGAUACUAAUAAUGUGGUAAAUGACUAUUACGGCUGGAAAUUUUUAAUGGAAUAUCUACAUUAGGGUUCAGAGAAAUAUUUAAAGCAACCAUCACUCCUGUGUUCUAAUGCUGCAUUGUGUUAGCUAAUGGUGUUGAAAGGCUAAUUGAUGAUUAAAAACCCUUGCAGCAGGUGACCCAAAAACAGGAGCUACAGCCUCCGUCGCAGUGGUCAUGGGUUCAAAUGCAACCCAUGGCCAUUUACUGCAUGUCAUGUCACUUUUCUAUACACAUUUCCUGUCUCUCUCUCUCUCCACUGUCCUAUAUAAUCAAGGCAAAAAGGCCAAAAACAUAAUCAAAAAACAAAAGAAAACCCUUGUGCACUUCAAUUAGCGCAUGAAUAAAAGUAUGAGAACAUGACAUUGCCCGAGUGACCCCAAAUUUUUGAACGGUAGUCUAUCUAGAUAUGUAAUCAUGCUUUUGUGGAGGGAAAAAAGCCACAAAAACUGACCUAAACACAUAACAAAAAGAGUGUUUCCUUUACCACAUGAUGCUCAAAAGACCUCAGUCUUGCAAAAUUAAGUCAAUCACUGUGCAUCUAUCAAGUCAAAUAAUCGCAUUUGAUUCAUUCUUAAUAAUUAAAACCACUCAUCCAUCACUCCGACAGACUUCAUGACUACUUUUAACCCACCACUAUGCACAGCUAUUAGUCUUAGGCUCCUGUGUGGAUAAAGACCUGCUUCAGGACGGCUCCAUCUGCUCUGCUAGUGUCUGUCACCUGCGUUGGUUGGCUAAUCCUGCUGCAAUCACUGGUUCUUGUUAAUCUGGCAAUAAGAACUAACAAAUCCAGGCGGCUGACGUGUGAUACGUGAAUCUUGCUGAGGCGCUGCUCUGCAAAUGUGGGACACUUUGAGGCAAAAAAUGUUUGUUCCAAAACCCGAAUCAUGAUGACGGUGUAUUAUGAUGAGCGGACGUCGAUAAGAGUUUUCUGAUAAACCGCGUCAGGCUUUCGACCUUUCUCUGCCCACAGAUAGUGUAGAUUACCAUCAGCCCAGAGUGGAAGGCAGUUCCAGGAGAAUCUUUAGUAAAGGUUUAAACCAUCCGGGGCCUCUGCUGCUAGCUGCAGUGUGGUUAGAUCAUGACGCAUGAGACAGAUCUCACCUUUACAUCGCGAUGAAUCACAUUGUUAUCGUGGCAGUACCGAAGGGCCUCCAAAAUCUGCCUCAUGUAGUGACUGGGUGGACAGAAAGCAGAGGAGAUCAUUUAGAGCAAACUGUUGUGCGUUUCAAGCUCCAGUAAUGUUUCGGGCUGUGGCUCCUACCUGGCCACUGCUUCACUGUAGACAAACCCAGCAUCGGCUCUCUUCACAAUUUCGAAACAAAGGUCUGCUCCAUCCAUGCUAGGAGAGAGUAGAACAGAUCAGAGUUGACACGAGUCGAAAUUAGGCGGCGAGUAAUUAUAGAUAGCAAUUUACACAAGAACAGAUGAACUGGCAACUUGCUGAGAUAACGAAGAGCAUAAAGCUACAUCCAUCAGGGAGCAGUUUUAUGACCUGCUGUCACUUGCAUAAACACAGAGGCACUGUAUUUUCAUUACAGCACUUUUCAGCCUCUACAGUCCUCGGGGAGGCUUUCAACAGGAUAUGGGAUACAGAUUUACAACAUAAAAUCCACGCAGAGGAAACAAAUUAACCAUGCAAUUUGAUUCGGAAAAUUUUAUUUAUAAAGACCGGGGGCGAGUAGAGAGCCGCUCCUUAUAGCAGUACAACUUAUGCUUUUUAUCACUAGUAUUAAAAGAAUAAGAUCUGUCAAAUUCAGUUUGAUGAAUUCACAAAAGGCGUGCACCUUCAGUAUUUGACAAUAUUUUAAAAUUAAAACAUAAUCUUACAAUCAAUCUCAAAACAAAUCUCAAAAUGGCUUAAAUCUAUUGAGUUAGAAUAAUAUUCUCUGUCCCAAAUAUAAUCAAAUACACUGUGAAUACUUGCAUGACAAUAUACAGCCCCUGGCCUAGAUAAAUCCUCAAAUACACACUUACAACACACAUUUGGCUUCCGUCAAGGGCUCUAAUAAGUUUGCAAGCACCAAAAUGAGGGGGUAGGUAGUGUUUGCGACAGGGUGUGAAAUCACCAGCACGAGCCAUCUGCCAACUCGUGAUAAAAUUAGUCUGUAGCUGUUAGUCUACUUUCCAGUAGCGUGAGCAGGUAACCACAAAGCGUCUAUAAAUUGCUUUGUAGCCUUUGAAAACAGUAUUUUUCCAUGUAGAACUUAUCAGCAGCUGUGGUGGUGGUUUACAAAAAAAAAAAAGGAAGAAAAAAUAAAGGUUUUUCCUGCCGUGGUUACGGCCAUGCGUGAAAUAUACAAAAUCAUUUAAAAAAUGAGGUCCUGAUUUGAUAGUGUGCAUUACAGACUUACAAUUCAAAGACCAUGUAGAGCAUGCCAUCAGAGCUGUAGGUCUCCAGAAGCUCCACGAUGUGGGGGUGUUUCAGCAUGUGGCAGAUACUGGCCUCUCGCUUCAGAUCUGGCAGACAGAAAUUAGACCCAGCAUGGUGAGACACUUUUCACAUUGAACAUUUAGCAUUUCACUCCAGUGUAAUUAUAGGUUGUGAGGGAAGGUGUUAAUUCUCAAAUACAUGACAAGAUGUGGCCAUGAUAUUGCAACAGUGACUGUAAUGCAGAUUUUCAAAGCACAUAUGGACCUAAACUGAGGGGAAAUGAGGUGCUGGGAAGUCGAAGAAACGAUCUCUGAAAGUCGAUUUAUGUGUACAUUUUUAGAUUUAGCGUUCAUUCAUUCGAGUAGGUGUGAGCUUUCUCAUUUUAUUAAAGCUGAAUUUCUGCACUGGGAAACAGCUAUGACUUCAUGCCAUACUCCAAAUCUAUGAAAACACGAGGUGGGAGAGCCAAAAAGCUUGCAUGAAGAUUAAGUUGGUGCAAAAAAUAGUGUUAGACACCCACCGAGUGAAUAUCUUCACCCAUGACAAAUACAAUCUGAGCACAAUUUCCGUUGAGAGGCUUCAACGUUCACCUUUUUCAAAUGUUUAAAACUAAAUUCUACUCUUUUAUUCUUAUUUUUAUCUUCAUUGAAAGGUGGAAAACACUGUGACGAAAACAUACCAAAUAAAUAGAUGUGCAGAGAUGCUCAUUUGCGGUCAGUUGGUGUUAUGUUAAAUCCUUCCAUGACCCUAGGUGGCAGGUUAAGCAGAUGAAAACAGGCCAUGCACACCACACUCCUCCUUUCACACCUAAACACACCGGCCAUGUCUCUACUUCGCCACCAGGGGGAGGUACAGAGCGUUUACAGUGAGGGACCCCUUUCAAGAUGAGAUACUCGGGGAGAGUUUUCACAUGUCGGCCUGACAGAUAAACAAGCGAACAAUCUGGUCUUUGACAGAAAACCAAUCAUCACCAGACGUACUACCACUGGAAUACCGUUUUAAUUGCACAUUUAAAUACACAUCUGGCUCACUCUCAUCAACACCAUCCCCUCUCAUUAUCACUACAACCGGAUCACGCUGCAGAUACAAUUACAACAUGCCUCUGUGGCAUGCCUUGCAUUUUGACUGCCUCAUUAAAUAAAACAAUACUGAAGGGAAACCACUAAAGAUUAGUGGACAGCCUUCUCUCUUUAAAGAAAAAGGAAACGCACAAUAUUGAGUAGGCUGACUAACAACUGGCAAGAUAAGUGGUUAAGAGGGAGACGCAGACUGCUGAAGCGAGCUGACAGACAUAAUGUGCUGUUGUUGGGCUUCUCAGUCCAUAAAAACCUCAUUUACACACUCCACUCCCCAUCUGCAAGUCUACUGAUCUGUGUGUGUGUGUGUGUGUGUGUGUGUGUGUGCUCUUUGUGUCGUGACAAACCAGUAUCAUUAUGCAACACAGAGAAACGAUGCUGUGUCCCCGCUACAGAGCCCCCAUUCUGCUGUCCCUUUGCUGCCAUUAUUUCUUUCCUCUUUACACUCAUCCUCACCCGUCUCAUCGAGUAUCUAUUCUUGAGCUUAACAAUGCUGCCCAGUGUCGACGCAGCAGCGAGCAAACCACUCAGACAGAGGGAGGGAGCCAGAGAGGCCUGGAACAGCCUGAAUGAAGCCAACGCUAUUGUGAUGUAAUGUUCAAUUAUUCCACUUUGAUGUCUGUCAUGACGAGGGGAAACAAUCUUGCUCUUAUUCUGAUCCUAUGAUUACAGUAUGAACCCAGUGUCCACAUAUCACACUUAUUUUUUAAAUCUUGGUCGUGCACUGGUAUUAUUUUUUCUAGGCUCUUGAUGAAUUACUUCCCACUUUUUUCAUUACCUAAACUUACAACACAGAUCUAACUAAUAACACUGCAAAUUGCACUAUUGUAUUUUUCCCCGAAAUUCAAUUCCCAUGAAGCUUUAAUGAUGAUGGAGAGCGCUCACUAGCUCGCUUUCUACAUCCAGCUUUAUUAAAAUCGUACAAAUGCGGACACUCGUUCAUUUUUCUUUAAUACAGUACUCACAAACUCUUAAUUAUCCCAUGUAUCUUUUCUUCAUCCAACGCUCUCGCACGCUCACACACAAAUGCAUUCAUACAUGGCUGGGAAAUGCUCGGUCCCCAGCUUGUAGCUCAGCCCAGCCAGCACUUCUGUCUCCUUUUCACUCACAUUUAUGCUGACGCAGAGUCUUUCUUAAUAAGCGAAGGUAUGUGGUCUCAGAGAACCACUCUCCAAAUCUGGCUGCAAUCCGUUUCUCUACCUCGUCGCCACGAGUGGCCAAUUUGACGAUUUCUUCUUGUGUCUUCUUUAGAAUGUAUCUUUAUGCUAAUCUUAGGGUAAACUGACAAAUUCUGAUUGAAAUAUUCACUCAACAUUUAAAAUAAUUGAGAUUUAAGUCGGUAAGAUGCUGCACGUUCAUGCAAAUUCUGCUUUUACAUCACAUACAAGUGACAAACGCAGAAACAGGAACAUUUGACCAUUUUAAUAGCAUUGUUUGGGUCAAAUCAAUACAGUUAUUCUUUAAUUGAUCUAUGAUUAAAUAGCUCUCUUCACCUAUCCAGAAGGAAUGAGGGGGUCAUUGAAUAAUUUGAUGAAUGUGAAAAUAAUGUGAAGCGUUUACUAUGACCUUCACAUUCACCCAAUCAAACAGCUAUGGCAGAUUUUGGGCUGACAUGUUAGAACAUCCCUCUAUGACCAUCAACAAAACACCAAAUGAAGGAAUAUCUUUUUUGUGUGUGUGUUCAUUCCUCCAGUAGAGUUACAGAGAUCGUGGAGAACAAAUUCCAAGGUGCAUUAAAGCUGUUCACAUCUUACCAAACCACCUGAUGUUACUCAAACUUGUCACUCAUCUGGGUAGACAUGUUUUAAAACUGAAAGGCAGUUUAUGGUUCUGACUACACUGGCUUCCUAUUAUUCAAAGGAUAGAGUUGAAAACGUUACUCUUGGUCUGCAAAGUACCGAAUGGACUUAUUGGCUCCACAUGAAGCAGCCAGAGCCUUCAGUUUAUCAGGGACAGAUUUACUGCGUGAUCCCAGAACCAGAAACAGUGAAGCAGCAUUCAUCUAUUACGCUCCUCACCUGUGGAACAAACUUCCUGGACACCUGAAGUCUGCUCAAACUGUCGCCUCUUUUAAAUCAGGCCUGAAAACUAUAUUGUUUAUAGCAGCUUUCUACGAGAUGUUCAAUCUAUUUUCUUGCCUUUUAAUACAUUUUUAUGACCUGAAUGUCUACUCCUAUGUUAUAUUUCUAUGAUUAUAAUGUAUGCCUAUCUUUAAAUCUUUUUUUCUGAACUGUAAAGCACUUUGAAUUGCCUUGUGUAUGAACUGUGCUAUACAAAUAAACUUCCCUUGUCUAUGUGUGAUGUUGCACAUGUGACUCAGGGUUUGAAGUGUU